AUGAAGAAGUUCUUCCAGCGGCUGGACAACUCCUCCAGCCGUCACCACCACCACAACAGUAGUCACCAGCAGGACUACAAUCGUGAGACUUUAGGCGGUGGUGGAAAUGCUGGUGCUGGGGGCGGUAGUGCCCCUCUGGGCAGCAGCCAGUCCUCGGCCAGCUCCAGCUACGGCGGCAGCUUCAUCGGGAAGGUCUUCACGCUGGGGCAGUACCACUGCACGGUGGAGGACAUCAUCGCCGAGGGCGGCUUUGCCCUGGUCUUCCUGGUGAAGGCGCAGAGCAGCCUGGGCCGCUUUGCCCUCAAGCGGCUGCACGUCAACAAUGAGGCCGAUCUGGCCAAUUGCCGGCGGGAGAUUGAGAUUGCGAAGCAACUGGGCUCGCACAAGAACAUCGUCCAGCUGGUGGAGUCCAGUAUCAACUACACCGCCUCAAAUGGCGUCUGGGAGAUACUGAUGCUGAUGCAGUACUGCCGGGGCCAUCUCCUUCAGCUGCUCAAUGAUCGGCUGAAGGAGGGUGGCCUUUCGGAGGCGGAAGUGCUUCGAAUUGCCUGUGAUCUCUGCGAGGCGGUGGCAAGGAUGCACCACAAUGAGCCGCCCAUUAUUCACCGGGAUCUCAAGGUGGAAAACAUUCUCAUCUCCGAGGCGGGCACCUACCUGCUCUGUGAUUUCGGCUCGGCCACCACUAAAGUCCUCUCAACGGAACUAAACGGCAUGUCGGCGCUGGCCAUCGAGGAGGAGAUCAAGCGCUACACCACCCUUUCCUACCGCUCCCCGGAAAUGGUCGAUGUCUACUCGGGAAAGCCCAUCACCACCAAGGCGGACAUCUGGGCGCUCGGUUGCCUCCUCUACCGGCUCUGCUUUCUCUCCCUGCCCUUUGGUUCAUUCGAAAACUCCUCCGCCUCCAGUCCCCACCUUGAUCCCUUCGAAGCGGCGCCCUUCAACCCUGCUCAACUGAAGCGCUACUUUGAGCGGCAGCAGUCUUCAGAAGCUUCAUCUGCUGCCGUCUCAUCUUCCACUUCAAAUUCUACUUCCACUGAUCCGUCCACUACUUUCGGUGCUAAAUGCAAGCCUUACCUGGUGCAU